UGUUAGUCCAUUGACAUACCGCGAACAGGUAAGUGGAAGAAAUAUUCUCGAGCCGCGAGAACACCUUUAGUAGAAGUGAAAGGCCAUCAGCUUUUAGAUCGCAAAAGUUACCGCGGUGGUUUAUUAUCAUUUCAUUCGCGAUCUACUUACCAUACGGGACAGUAUUUCGACGACAAAAUAUGUUUUCGGCUUGUGUUUCUGUGGUACUGUUUCUAUUUUUCAACAACUGGAUGUGUGAUGCUUCUACAGGUCCAACCCACGGAAAGCUUGUAGUGUGUUAUGUGGGCAGUUGGGCAGUUUAUAGACCAGAUAGGGGAUCUUUCACCAUUGAACAUCUAGAUCCAAGUCUCUGCACACACAUAAUAUAUUCGUUUAGUGGAUUAGAUAUUACACAAGAUUCGUUAAGAUCAUUAGAUGCAUUUCAAGAUUUAACGGAUGAUUAUGGAAGAGGAGGUUUUAAGAGAGUGACUGGUCUAAAACACAAAUACCCCCACCUCAAAGUAACGUUAGCUGUAGGAGGAUGGAACGAAGGUUCUGCAAAUUACUCAAAACUUGUAGCUGAUCCUCACAGACGAAGCAGAUUCGUUGCAAACUCAUUAGAUUUUAUUAAGAAGUAUAAUUUUGAUGGGCUUGACCUGGAUUGGGAGUUUCCCGGUAAGAGAGGCGGAAGUAAAGAAGACAAAAACAAUUUCCUCCUGCUUGUUAAGGAAUUAAGAGCAGCUUAUAGAAAGGACAAGCUGCUCCUUACAGCUGCUUUUGGUGCUGGAAAAGAUACUAUAGAUGUCGCUUAUGACGUUGAGGCGUUGUCAGUAUAUUUGGAUUAUAUUCACAUGAUGUGCUACGAUUAUCAUGGCGCAUGGGACAAAAGAACCGGGGCAAACUCACCUUUGAAAGGACCAGAUGUUCUAAAUGUGGAAUAUACUAUUAACUACAUGUUAAGUUUGGGAGCUCCUGCAAAUAAGCUAGUGCUGGGAAUACCUGUAUAUGGCAGAACUUUUCUUCUGGAGGAACCUCUUCAGAGUAGAAGAAAACCAAGACUAGGUUCAGUUGCUUCAAACCUUGGAUUCGCAGGUCCUUACACUAGGGAAGGAGGAUUUUUGGGUUAUAAUGAGAUCUGCAAAGAACUGAAGAAUACAACGUCAGACUGGAAAAUCUACUGGGACGAUGAAUCCCGCACUCCAUUUGCAGUAUCCGAGAACAAAGUAAUAUCUUACGACAACGAACAAUCCAUAGCCGAAAAAGUUCAUUUUGCCAUGGAAAAAGACUUGGCUGGAACCAUGGUUUGGUCCGUCGAUACUGAUGAUUUUCAUGGGGAUUGCUCGGAAGAAGACAACGAGGACUUUGUCAAUUUUCCUAUUAUGAGGUGUAUUAAUAAGUCGAUAGUGAAGAGCCUUAAUGAUUUGAAGAAUACCAUUAGACAUGAUAGAAAAAAUAAAGAUGGUGGAAGUGAUAAAGUUAGAGUUAGUUUGUUAGGAUUAGUCGUUGUUUUAGUCUCUACCUAUUUUAUAAUCUAGUCAAAUAAAUAUUCUAUUUUUUGAUAUAA